AGAAGCGAAACAGUAACAGCAACAAAAGGGUGAAGAAGAAAGAGAGAGAAAAAAAAGGACAAAACAAAAGAGAAGAAGACACAGUGAGGAUGAAGUUAUCGGAAGUCCUGUCCUGAACCACAAGCUCCGAAUCCUUCGGUUUCCCUGAGGCGAUUAUGUUGUCUCCUCCUCUUCACUGUCUCUCUUAGUCAAACGCUUCUUCUCCGAUCACCGCUUUUCUUUUUUUCUCCUGAGAUUUGGGGUUUUACUAUUUGAAAUUUGAAUAAAUGCUUGUCGUUGGAAAAACUGAUCGAUUCUAAAUUGAAUUCUUCUUCAAAGUUGUUUAAUCUUGAAAUGGUGUUAGAAUGUCGAAUCGUUUUUGUUGUUGCCGUAGAUAACAAAGACCACGACUGUGUGUAAUUGUAUUGUAGCAUUCCAUUAACUUAACUUUCAUUCCCAUAAAUUGGUUAGUUAAAUUGAAUUUAAUUGGUGUUUGGGGGACCAUUGGCAAACCCUAGCUAGAGGGGACCCCUGAUUGGGAUCGAAACCUAACUUGUUGUCACAUUCUAUUUAUUAGUUUGCUGCAGAUAGAUCACAUUCUUUUUGACUUUGACAAGUUGCUCGUGUUCAUUUGUAGAGCUUAUGACAGUAGAUUUGAACUUUCUGCAAAGUACAAAGGAGGAGUAAUUGGGGGUUUAGCGAUUAAAAUAGUGAUUCCGUUUACAUUUUGUUUGUUUCUAUCGACAAGUUGCUCAUAUUCUGGGCGCACUCUGAUUCGAGGACUCUCUCUCUCUCUCUGUGUGUGUGUGUGUCCAUUUGAAUAAAUGCCGACUUUGUCAUUGUGUGAUGGAGAGUUAAGAAGAGUGAGCUUAGAAAAGGAAUACACUUUCUCUUGCCCAUUUUUGCUGGUCUCCCUGAAAAACAUAGAAAGUUUUUCUCUCUUUGCUCAUUGUUUAUAUGAUUAAACUGUGUGGUUUCUUGAAAAUCCAAAAGCCUUUUUUCUUAUCUUAUUUGAUUUCUGUGGUUGGGUUCUUGCAGGAUUUUGGUUGUAGGCUUAUGAAAUCAACCCACAUCUUCAAUGGACUGCAACAUGACAUCUCCGUUGUGGGACUGGGAUCAUUUCCUCAUGUCCAACCCCUCAAAGACUGAAAAUGACAAAAGACAGCCAUCUACUGAGUGGGGAAUUGAGAAAGGUGAAGGAAUUGAAUCUAUAUUUCCCUCGUUCGAGAGAGUCAGUAGUGGCUCUACCACCGGCUUCUCCACCAACUCAUCAUCUCCCGUAUUCAGACACGCCAAGCUCGCGUCAGAAACUUCCCCAGGAGAUUCUUGCAGCAACAUAGAUUUUGUCCAGGUUAAGACAUCCACAGCUGAAUCAGACCUUUGUUUGAAACUUGGAAAGCAGACUUACUGUGAAGAUGUUUGGGGUAGAAGUAACAAUGAGGUUUCAGCCGUUUCUGUGAAGCUCUUGGCUCCUUCUGUUGUUGCUCGGAAGAAAUCCAAACCGUAUGGUCAGAGCAGCAUGCAAGUCCCUCGUUGCCAAGUUGAUGGCUGUGAACUGGAUCUCUCAUCUGCUAAGGAUUAUCAUCGCAAGCAUAGAGUCUGCGAGAACCAUUCAAAGUGCCCCAAAGUUACUGUGGGUGGCCUUGAACGUCGAUUCUGCCAGCAGUGUAGCAGGUUGCAUGCGGUCUCUGAAUUUGAUGAGAAGAAACGAAGCUGCCGUAAACGUCUUUCGCAUCACAAUGCUAGGCGUCGCAAGCCACAGAGGGACUGCAAUGGAAGACAGCAUCCAAAUAUGUUGUGGAAUGGGUUGUCCCUUAACACCAGCCCUGUUGAAAAGUAUAUAUGGAGUCCAAGUUAUGAUACAAAGCCUACACAGAUGGAAAGCGGCUUUACCUUGAGCUUCCAGAGAGGCCGUGGCCCUGAGGAGCACUUGUAUGCUGGUAGCAGCCGCUCCUUCUCUACGUUUCAAACCUCUGGAGGGUUCUCUGCAGGGAGGUCCAACUCUCAACUUCCUGGCAAAGCAGGUGUAGGUGAAUACUCAGGAGGCCUCCAUGAGUCGCAAGACAUCUACAGUGUUCUCUCUCUUCUGUCAACGUCUUCGGAUUCGCAUGGGACCAAACACAAUCCCACGGUCUAACCACAGCCAACAACACAUGGUACUUUCCCUACUCAUUUCAUAUGAGUAAGGAAUGCAAACUCACUCCAUUAUGUGUAACGUUCAUUUGCUCAAGUGAAAUACAUGGUUAGGUUUGGUUUCAUCUACUUUGCCAAAGCUAAUAAGUUAUCUUCUUCUUGGAUCAUGUUGUAUCGUAUCUCAACUUCUUCUUGAAUCAUGUUGUAUUAUUGUAUGUACUUGGAUUGUUGGAUGCCAAUUUCGUUACUCUUAUCAGCCA